AUGCCCGCCGCGCUCCCACUCGCCCUCCCACCACCCCAGCGCGCCCCUGUCCCCGCUCCCUCACAUGCCGCGCUGCCGCCCCGCGCCUCCCAUGCGGCGCCUCUUCUCCGCCAGCCCACGCUGCCUACUCGCGCCGCGCCCCUCUUGCGCCCUCCUUCCCCCUCCAUUCCGCGCGUGUCCGCCACGUCGUCCUCCGCCGCCCACGCAAGCGCGCGGACUGGACCCGUAGAGUCCAGUCGCCAAUUAAACCGUUUAGGGGCGCCCUCGCCGCGUCGCAUGCCGAGCGGCGCGUCACUCUCCCCCUUCCCCGCCUCCUCCGCCGCCCGUCUCAGCAGCGCCAGCAGCGCGUGGCUUUCAGGCCCCGCCAGCGCGCGCCCACUUCCCGCGCGCACCUCAACUCCACCACUCGCGCCCUCCCCCUUCACCCGCCAUUCCGCGCUCCUCCUUCCGCGCCCCGCCGUUGCGCCCAACGGCCGCGGCGGAGGGCGCAGGGGCAAUGGCCGCGUGGUGUGCGGGAGGGUGAAGCGGGGCGGCGACAGCAGCGCAGACGGGCCGGCGGCUGGCGCGGGGGCUGGCAGUUCUGGCGGCGCUGGUGGCGCUGACAGUGGCGGAGGCGGUGGGGGGCCCACCGACGGCGGAAACAGUACUGGCGGGGGAGGUAAUAAUGGAGGCGGCAGCGGCGGUGGCGGAAGGUCAGGCAGGUCUAGUGGCAGCGGCGGAAGCAAGCCGUCCCCGCCACCAGAAAGCCUCAAUGGAAGCGCCUCCCCUGCCCUUCCGCCCGCCCCGCCCCCUCCGCGCCAAUCCUCCCCCAGCCCCUCUUCCCGCUCCCCAAGGGCCCCCGCGGCGUCUGACCCGUCCCGCCGUGGAGCCGCAGCAUCCCCCGCCCCCCCAUCCCCCGCGGCUGCAGCACCCCCCACCCCCACCCCCACCCCGCCCCUGGCGGCCACGAGGCGGCGGCGGCGGCGUGAGCGGGGCGUGGGGUGGCGGCGAGUGGCGUGGGCGCUGGCAGCGGCGCUGCUGUGGGGAGGGGGGGCGUACGCGCAGCAGAGGGCGCGGCAGUACGUGCAGGCGCGCGUGCUGCCUGUGGUGGAGGCGGCUGUGAGCGCACAGGCAGGCAGGCAGGUGGCGCUGGGGCGCGUGCAGCAGCUGCUGCCGUGGGCUGUGAGCGUGGGACCUGUCUCCAUUGGCCCUGCUGCCUCUGAGUUCUCGUGCGCCCAUGCAGACGCCGUGCAAGUGCGGCUGCACCCGGUGGCGUCGGUGGCGCAGGGGCGGGUGGUGGUGGGGGCGCAGGUGCAGCGCGCCACAGUGCUGGUGGCGCAGCAGCCCGACUGGACGUGGCUUGGCAUUCCCGCAGACAUGGACGCCCCCGGCUCUCCCUCCUCCUCUGCCCCACCCCUCUCCGCCCGAGCCUCCAUGCAACGCCAGGCUCGGGACGCAGCCUCGGUGGCAGCAGCGGAGGAGAGGGACAGGCUGGCGCUGAGAGGGGCGCAAAUUGAGUACCGAGGGGAGGGGGGCGCGCAGGGGGCGGAAAUGCACGGGGGAAGGGGAGGGGAGGGCGAGGGGGGUGCAAAAGGGGAAGGGAGAGUAGUUGGGGGGGCGGCGGUAGGUGGGGGUAAGGCGAGGGUCGAGUGGGAGUGGGUGGAGGAGCAGCAGCGGGCGGCGGAGAGGGCAGUGAGCAACGUGCUGCGAGCAGCAGUGGUGGCGCUGGGGUGGCACGGGUACGACCAGCACCCCCUCUCCACCACUGCUCCAGCCCCCAGUGCCCCCCUCUCAACACCCUCUGCACUCCCCACGCCCCCUCUCUCUGCCCAGGAGCAGCUGCUCUCCCUGUCCGCAUCGGCGGCCUUGGCCCACCUCUCCUCCCUGCCGCCCCACCUCAUGCCCCCCCCCUGCCCUCCCCCUGCCCCUGCCCAAAUGCCCGCACAGUACAGUGGGGGGAGUGGGAGCGAAGGGGGUGGGGGCCGGGGAUCAAGCGGUGAUGGCACGGUGGGAGGGGAGAGGAUGGCACGUGAGAGUGGCAAGGGGCGGGAAGGUCACAUGGCGGGCGGCGAGGGGCGGUCGGGGCACAUGGAGAGUGGGGGUGUUAGUGUGGGAGCGAAUGGUGAUGGUCUUUCGAGGAGGGGAGGAGACGGUAGCAUGAGCAUGGAAGGGACAGUUGCAGCAGUUGGUGGGAGAGAGAGUGACGCAAGAGGGGUUGAAGCGAGAGGGAGUGAAGCUAGGAUGAGUGAAGCAAGUGGCGUGGGUGGAGUGAAGGGGGGCGAGGGCGGCAGAGGUGCAGGCGAGGGGGAGGGCAGCGAGUCGGCGCUGAGAGAUGCUCUGGCGCUCGCCAUCCGCCAGCGCAUGGCCGCCGACGUGGGAGGGCAGGUGGUAGAGCCAGUCGGGGAAGGGAAGGUGCGGGUAGGGCACACGAGGGGACAGGUUGGCGGGCAGGUGGGGGGCCAGGGCGAGAGCAAACGAGUGGGCGUGGAACAAGAGGGGGGGAUGCGGGGGAGCAGCGGAACGAGAGAGGUGGUGGAGGCGGAAGGGGCGUGGGGUGGAGCAGCAAGGAGAGAGGAGGCUACAGACAGGGGGCUUGCCCCAUUCACUGCUGGUGCUGCCACUGGCCAUGCCACGGCCCUUCCUCUUGCUGCUGACCUUUCUUCCCCCGUGCAGCAGCAGCAGGCGCAGGCACAGCAGCACAGGGGCCAGGCGUCGUCACAAGUGAGCGUGGCAGACUCGCAGCAGUGGCAGCAGGAGCGGAGGCAGCAGCAGGCAGAGAUGGCGGUACAGGUGGGGCGGGCACCUCAGAGUGCGGCUGAGCCCCUGCAGCCCCUGCCAUCACCCGCACGCAUGUCAAAGGGGGGAUUGCCGGCGCCUGUGUGUGCGCGCGAGUGGGCACUGCGCAAGCUUCACCCAGCACACGGGCGAGGGGGGGCAGAGGUGGAGGGGGAGAGAGGGGAUGGCAGCGAGGUGGGGGAGAAGGGCACGCAUGGCAGUGCGGGCAGGGGUGCUGGUGAGGCUGGGGAGGGGGUUACAGCACCACAAACAGCAGCAAUGGGGGGUGAGGAGGGGGCAGGUGGAGGGAGGCAGGGCGAGGAGGCAGCAGGGGGAGGUGGGGGGCGGUUGGUGCCGUGCAUGGAGGGAGUGAGAGUGCAUGGUGGCACCCUCAUGCUCCUCGCUUAUGGAGACCAGGAGCCACGGGUGGUGGAGCACAUCGACGCGCAUGUGACCUUCCCCACGCUGCCCCACUCCUACAAGCGCAUCAAGGUUGAUGCCCACGGCUCCCUCCGCCCCUCCCGCAACUUCCCGCCUGCCCCCUCGAACACCAUCCCUUCCCCCACCGCCACCGCCUCUUCUUCCUCCUCGUCGUCCCCCCAGCCCCCCGGCAGCAGCGGCAAGGGAAAGCGCUUCUCCACGCCUUUCCACAUGAUGCCUGGCGGGGCAGCGGCAGGGAGGAAGGAGGCGGAGGGGGGAGCAGAGGGGGGAGCAGGCGAGGGGGGAGGCGGGCUGCUGCGAGUGGCCGUGGAUGUGGAUGAGGAGAAGCACGAGUGGGCUGUCACUGUCACCGCACACAACCUCUUCGCACCUGUGCGUGCUCAUAUGCUUUGGCUCGCCAUGCACGCAUGUAUCCAACAGGUGCAUAUGCUCCCUGUUCAAUGCUUCCCAUAG